CGUCUAAAUUCCCCGCUUGGAAUUGGAAUGAUAGGAAGAACAGACAGACCAAACUCGCUCACAAUCUUUUCUCACAAUUUCAGUUUUGGGCCAACUCACUCCAGAUUGACUCACGAAAAAUUAAAAAAAACAAGAACUCCACUACUACACCAUGUCCUGCUCAACUUCUACCACCUCUACCACCUCUACUCUUCCAUUGAAUAGCAGUACUGCUAUUAGUAAGAUGGAGAACAACUUGCGCAGCGUAGCUCUUAGCAAUACCAAGGGAAUCCACGCGUUGGUCAUGGGCCGCAAGAAAUGCGUGUCUCGUGCGUUGACGGCUUUCAAGAGCGCGCUAACGGAAUUGGAAGACACAAUGGCCACUAGCAGUUGCAAUCAUUGUUGCCAAAUGACAACGGCCGCUCGAUUGGAAGUCUUCAAUUCAUCUGCCGUUACUGGAUUGCCGGCGUUGACAGACGAAUUGCCGUUUUAUUUUUAUCUGUACAACCGUGCCAUUUACUUUUGUCCACUCAGUGACACCACUACCGUUGGAUUGACAUUCUACAAGUGUGUGUUACACUUUAACAUGGCAUUGGCGCAUCACGUCAAAGCGAACAACAGCACUACUAGUAGUGGAGAUGCCAAGGCCAUCAAGUCGGCCAUCAAGUACUACAAGCAAUGUUUACGAGCGCUCAGUCACCUGGGAGUUUCGGGAGAUCGACCACCGUUUCCAGGUGGUGGAGAAGCCAUGGUAUACUUACGCUUGGCGGCGCUCAAUAACUUGGCGCAUGUACAAACGCUAGCAGGAGAUUCCGAGAGUUCCCAAAAGACUCUAGCUAGAGUUUUCAAGUUUACGUUGGCUCAAAGACCCUUUCUCUUUAAUCAGAAAGAUCAAGCUACUAGCAGCAGCAACAGCAGUACUACUGGUAGUACCUCUACUACCCAACCAGAUGGUACACCUAUGGAAGACUGCUCUUCUCCUCAGAACAACGCUAACCCUAACAAUGACGACAGGGAUGAACACUCCGACAGCCGAAGAGCCAACAAUACCAUGAACUCGGAGUUUGUCAAUGAAGUACUUCUCAAUGUCAUGGUAUCUGGGCCUAUUGCAGGAGCUGCUGCGGCAUAGAACACAAGCUAUACUAUACUACUACUUACAGCAUGUACAUACAGAAUAUAAAGCACUUAGAACUAUAUCAUACUCUCU